CUUUCACCAUCCCAACCCGUACAGAUCUCGAACCCUCUCUCUCUCUCUCUCUCUCUCUCUCUCGCGUCGGUCGCUCUGUCAAUUCGUCAAUUUUGGUGUCGUGCGAGUUGACUCACAGCAGGUGCCGACUCAGCCGCCGAUCAUGGGAGUUCCCGCGUUCUACCGGUGGCUCGCCGACCGGUACCCGAAGGCCAUCGUCAACGUCAUUGAGGAGGAGCCCGGCGUCGACUCGGCCGGCGUCCCUGUGCCCGUCGAUGUCUCGAAGCCUAACCCUAACGGCACGGAGUUCGAUAAUCUGUACCUGGACAUGAACGGAAUCAUUCAUCCCUGUUUCCAUCCCGACGGCAAGCCUCCGCCUGCCACCUAUGAUGAUGUCUUCAAAUCAAUAUUUGAUUACAUCGACCAUCUCUUUUCUUUAGUUCGUCCUAGAAAGCUCCUUUAUAUGGCGAUUGAUGGUGUUGCACCAAGAGCUAAAAUGAAUCAACAACGUUCUCGGCGCUUCAGAGCUGCAAAAGAUGCAGCUGAUGCUGAAGCUGAAGAAGAAAGGCUGAGAAGAGAAUAUGAGGUUGAAGGAAUUAACCUUUCCUCCAAAGAAAAGCCUGAAACAUGUGAUUCAAAUGUAAUCACUCCAGGCACACAGUUCAUGGCUGUUCUUUCCGUUGCCCUUCAGUAUUAUAUUCAAUCUAGGUUGAACCGCAAUCCUGGGUGGCAGCAGACAAAGGUUAUUCUGUCUGAUGCGAAUGUUCCUGGGGAGGGGGAGCACAAGAUCAUGUCAUACAUUCGGUUGCAGCGUAAUCUUCCUGGUUAUGGUCCAAACACCCACCACUGUCUGUAUGGUCUGGAUGCCGAUCUGAUUAUGCUUUCUUUGGCUACACACGAGAUUCACUUUUCAAUUCUUAGAGAGGUUGUCACUCUUCCUGGACAACAAGAAAACUGCUUUAUUUGUGGCCAAUCUGGUCAUCUGGCUGCUGAGUGCAAUGGUAAUACUGAUGGGAAUGGGAAAGAUGAAACUCCUAUACACAAGAAGAAAUAUCAGUUCCUCAGUAUCUGGGUUCUAAGGGAGUACUUACAGCAUGAUUUGGAGAUUCAGAAUCCUCCUUUUGAGAUUGAUUUCGAGAAAAUAGUGGACGAUUUUGUCUUUCUUUGUUUCUUUGUUGGCAAUGACUUUCUUCCCCAUAUGCCAACAUUAGAAAUUCGGGAGGGUGCAAUAACCUUAUUAAUGUCCAUUUAUCAAAAGGAGUUUGCUGCAAUGGGCGGUUACCUUACUGAAGCAGGCGAGGUGUUCCUAGACAGAGUAGAACAUUUUGUCCAGGCUGUUGCCAUCAAUGAAGAUCAAAUUUUUCAGAAGCGGGCUCGUAUACAGAAGGCGCAGGAGAUGAAUGAAGAAAUGAGAGCUCGAUCAAGAAGAGAGACAUCUGAAGAAAUACCUGCACCGGUGCCAGUAGUGGACAAGAUUAAACUUGGCGAGCCUGGAUACAAGGAUCGGUAUUAUGCCGAUAAAUUUGCUGUCUCAACUCCAGAGGAGAUAGAAAGAGUUAGAAAGGAGACUGUCUUGAAAUAUGUGGAAGGUUUAUGUUGGGUCUGCUCGUAUUACUACCAAGGUGUGCGUUCAUGGCUAUGGUACUAUCCAUACCAUUAUGCUCCUUUUGCUUCGGAUCUCAAGGAUUUGAAUGAUUUGGAGAUUACGUUCUUUCCGGGGGAGCCUUUUAAACCGUUUGAUCAGCUUAUGGGGACCCUGCCAGCUGCAAGUGCCACUGCUCUGCCAGAACAUUACCGAAAACUGAUGACUGAUCCUUCAUCGCCAAUCCUCAAAUUUUACCCAGCUGAUUUUGAGAUCGACAUGAAUGGCAAGAAAUUUGCAUGGCAGGGUGUUGCAAAAUUACCGUUCAUUGAUGAAAGAAAGUUGCUCGUAGAAACCAAGAAGCUUGAAGCCUCUCUAACAGCGGAAGAGCAACUUCGGAAUAGUGUGAUGCAUGAUUUGCUGUACGUACACCCAGUGAACCCCCUGUCUCAACAAAUAUAUGAGUGCUACCGGAUACUGUCUCCAUUAUGUCAACAUGAACGAUACCCUCUGAGAAUUGAUACGAAUGCCAGUCAUGGAAUGAACGGAUACCUUUGGUUAUAUCAGAGGAAUGAACUGAGUAAUGUAGUUCCUUCCCCAGUCCAGGGAUUACCUGAUAUUACCCAUAACCAAGUCUUAAAUGUGACAUACCUAGAUCCUGAAAAGCAUAGGCACAUCCCAGAAUUGCCCAAGGGAGUAGUCAUGCCCAAAAAGAUUUUGGGACCUUUAGAUUUCAAGCCGUUACCGGUGUUAUGGCAUGAAGACAACGGUGGCAGACGCCAGCAGGGCCGAGAAAGGGCCCGAGUACCUGGAGCAAUAGCUGGUACUUACCUGGGGGAAGCAGCUCAUCGUCUCAUCAAGAACACACUCAACAUCAAGUCCAGCAACAACAAUAGUGCGUCCUUGGGAUGGAAUGGACCUCUUCAGGGGAAUUUUCCAGGAAACUAUGGAGUCAACAACAGGCCAAGGCCAAUGGGACCCUCAGGUUAUGAAAGAAGGGGCUAUUAUAUUGAGAAUUACAAUCAGUACCACCACGGGAAUUACAUUAACUCUCAUGGAACAGCAGCUGAUUAUAAGAACUCUCCACCAUCGAAUGGCAAUUAUCAGGGCGGGAGAAACAGUAAUCGAACCCAUGAGAGACAGUACGUGGAACAGUAUCGUGAGAUGAGGAACGGAAUGGCUGGUUUGACAGUUGAAAAUAGUGGGAGAGUCAACAGCAGAGAACCGCCGAAGACGUUGAAUGCUGGCCAAGUAGUGUUAAACCAAGAGGAGCAGUUCAUUCAGAACAUGUCUCCAUUGCCAACACCUCCGAUCAAGUGGAUUCAUAAACAGAGCUCUGAGGUUGGUGAUGGCAGUUCCGGAGGAGGAACUGUGAAGAAGGUCUACCAGGUGAAGACUAGUGCACCAUCCCAGGAAGGGCCAACUUUGGACAACCAGCCAUUGUAGUUACAGAAGGCAAUGUCAUGAUUUAUCUCCCCCUGCCUCGCUGGGAGCUCUAGGUUGCUCGUGGCUCAAAACUGCUGUGCUUAUGGGAGACUCAGUAAUCCAUUCAAAGAGCAGCAUGGCUCCGAGGUCCCAUUAGGCACAGACAAGAUGCUUAGCCGGUUGCUUUGUCGCAACUUUUCGCUAGACAGAUGCUGAGAAACAGGAACCCUGUAAGUAGAGAAAAUUGGUCGGAUGGCAGCAGUUCAACCGAGGCAUGGAUUGGGAAUCUUAAAUAGGCACAGUUUACUUGAGGGAGCUCUAGUGCUGCUCGGGUUUGCCAUCUUAACAGGUUCACUAGGGAGAAAGUGUAUAUUAUUGUAGAGGUAGGUGAAAAAACAUUGAUGUUGUUACGUUGUGCUCUUCAUUUUAGCGUGAAAUUUUCAUUUUUAUAAGGAAAGACCGUGAAUAGCAGAAAGGUUGAUCAUGUAUGGUUAAUUUCAUCGAUUCCACAGCUAAUGGAAGAUGUUCAUUUUUAGUUGAGAUA